AUGUGCAGAGAAAAGCUGGAGAUAAUGAUCCUUACACAAAUAGAAGCAAAGGAAGCAUGUGAUUGGCUGCGGGCAGCAGGGUUUCCCCAAUAUGCACAACUUUAUGAAGAUCUUCUGUUUCCCAUCGACAUCUCUGCUGUGAAGAAGGACCAUGAUUUCCUGGAUAGAGAUGCAAUUGAAGCCCUAUGCAGGCGGCUAAACACUCUUAAUAAGUGUGCGGUGAUGAAACUUGAAAUCAGUCCGAAUAGAAAAAGGAGUGAAGAUUCAGAUGAAGAUGAGCCUUGUGCAAUCAGUGGUAAAUGGACAUUCCAGAGGGAUAGCAAGAGGUGGUCGAGAUUGGAAGAACUUGAUGUGUUUCAGGGACAUAAAGCAUUACUUGGAGAAUCACACCAGAUGGCAAAUGCAGCAAGCCAAGACAGCAUUCUAACAGACCUAAGUGAACACCAAGAAGUUUCUUCCAUUCACAGUACCAGCAGUGACAGCCAAAGAGCACAUGUUCCCAGUGAAGCAGGCAACACAAGAACAAACUCCGUUGUCAGCAUAUGUUCAUCUGGAAACCUUUUUGCCAAUGAUGACUCAUUUGGUAGCCUUCCAUCACCGAAAGAACUUUCCAGUUUUAAUUUCAACAUCAAAGCAAAUGAAAAGAACUCAAGGUCUAGAACAAAGAGCCUUCUAAAGAGGAUGGAAAGUCUUAAAAUCAAAACAUCUCACAGCAAAAAGAAAUCUCAGGCUAAAACUGGUAUAACAAUAAGCGAACCUAUCUUACAAGAAGGCGUUGAUGACGAUAAGCUAAAACAACUCAACUGUGUUGAAAUUUCUUCUCUGAAUGGGAACCAUAUAAAUGCCCCAAAAGUCCGUAAGAGGAGUAUAUCAAACUCCACACAGACGAGCAGUAGUAGUAGUCAGUCUGAGACUAGCAGUGCAGUCAGCACCCCUAGUCCAGUUACAAGAACACGAAGCUUAAGCGCAUGCCAUAAGAGAGUUGGAAUGUACUUAGAAGGCUUUGAUCCAUUCAAUCAAUCAACUUUCAGUGAUGUUCUGGAGCAAAACUAUAAGAACCAAAGUUUUGGUGAGGAUGUGUUUUUUUAUCCCUGAUGACCACAAGCCUGGAACCUUUCCCAAAGCACUUUCUAAUGGAAACUUGUCUCCUACGGACAGCAGUUCUUCUGUGAGCUGGAGAAAUUGCAGUUUUCAUGGACAUGACUUCACAAGGGAAAACAGCGUCACCAGUGUAAACAGUUGCAAAAGUUCUUUUAGCAGCAGGAGGCGCAAUUCUUGUUGUUCUGAAGGUAACCGAUUGAGUAUCUAUGACAAUGUCCCAGGCACUUUUCUGUACUCCAGUAAUGGUGACAUGGCUGAUCUGGAAACUGAGGAUAUUUUCCCAGAACUGGAUGACAUUUUAUAUCAUGUGAAAGGAAUGCAGAGGAUAGUCAAUCAGUGGACAGAGAAAUUUUAUGAUGAGGGGGAUUCAGAUUCUGCUCUAGACUCUGUGUCACCUUGCCCUUCUUCUCCAAAGCAGAUACAUUUAGAAAUUGAUAAUGACUGCACUGUGCUUAGUGAUCUGGACAGCACUGGGAACUCACUGAAUGAGUGUGAUGAGACAACAGUAAUCCAAGGAAGGAGAGAUUCUGGAGUGGCAUCCUUGACCCGAUCCAACAGGCAUAGAUUCAGAUGGCAUAGCUUCCAAAGUUCACACCGCCCCAGCUUGAGGUCUGCAUCACUGCAAAUAAACUGCCAGUCAGUGACUCAAAUCAAUUUGCUGCAGAAGUUCUCACUUUUGAAGUUAACUGCCCUCCUGGAGAAGUACACCCCUUCAAAUAAACACGGAUUCAGCUGGGCUGUACCAAAGUUUAUGAAACGGGUUAGAGUUCCAGACUAUAAGGACAAGAACGUUUUUGGUGUUCCACUUACGGUCAAUGUACAGAGGUUUGGUCAGCCAUUGCCGCAGUGCAUACAGCAAGCUAUGCGCUACCUGCGUAGUCAGUGCUUGGACCAGGUGGGGCUGUUCCGAAAAUCGGGAGUUAAGUCUCGGAUCCUGGCAUUGCGAGAGAUAAUUGAGAACAAUGCUGAUGGGUCCUUAUAUGAGGGGCAGUCUGCCUAUGAUGUGGCUGAUAUGCUGAAGCAGUAUUUCAGGGAUCUACCUGAACCUCUACUCACCAACAAACUCUCUGAAACCUUUCUGCAAAUAUAUCAAUAUGUUCCAAAAGAUCAGCGUCUCCAGGCAAUCAAGGCUGCCAUUAUGCUGUUGCCUGAUGAGAACAGGGAGGUUCUGCAGACUUUCUUGUACUUCCUGAGCGAUGUUGCUGCAGCUGUGGAUGAAAACCAGAUGACACCCACCAAUCUGGCUGUGUGUUUGGCUCCUUCUCUGUUCCACCUCAAUACUCUGAAGAGGGAGAACUCCUCUCCUAGGGUCAUGCAGAGGAAACAAAGCUUGGGGAAACCUGAUCAGAAAGACCUGAAUGAAAACCUUGCUGCCACCCAAGGCCUGGCACAUAUGAUUGCCGAGUGCAAGAAACUUUUUCAGAUUCCUGAAGAAAUGAACAAGUGUCGUAAUUCAUACAUGGAACAGGACCUCAGGCCAGUUUGCCUGGAUGAGCUGGUCAAUGGGAAUAACGAGGGGUUCUGUGACUAUCAGGCUUUCCUUCAGGAGGGCAUCGAUAGCUUGCUGAAGGACGCCAAGGACAAGUUUAAAGGCUGGAUCAGCUGCUCCACAUCAGAACAGGCUGACCUUGCCUACAAAAAAGUCCCUGAUGGCCCUCCCCUUCGGCUGUGGAAAAGCACUAUCGAAAUUGCAGCUCAGCCAGAGGAUGUUUUGCAGCGCCUACUGAAGGAGCAGCAUCUAUGGGACGAAGAUCUGUUGGACUCAAAAGUUGUAGAGACUUUAGAUGAGCACACUGACAUUUAUCAAUAUGUACAGAACAACAUGGCUCCACACCCAGCUAGAGACUUUGUUGUUUUAAGAUCAUGGAGAAGCAAUUUACCAAAAGGAGCUUGCAUACUACAGCUUAUAUCAGUCGAUCAUGAACAAGCUCCUUUACUUGGAGUAAGAGUCAAUAUACUUCAGUCCAAAUACCUCAUUGAGCCUUGUGGCACGGGCAAAUCCAAGCUUACCUACCUGUGCAGAGCUGAUCUGAGGGGCCACAUGCCAGAAUGGUACAAUAAAGUUUUUGGACAGUUAUGUGCUGCAGAAGUAGUUAGGAUUCGAGACUCGUUUAUCAAUCCACAACCAGAAAGCAAUAACGGGAAGUCAAGGUGA